AUGUCGUCUCAUGUCCUCUCAAAACGCGCGAGCCAGACAAUUCGCGAUCUAGACACGCCGUGGAGGUUUGCGCCGGCCGCAACCUACGACCCGGACACCAACCCAGACGGACUCAUAUCGUUCGGACUGGCAGAAAACAAGUUGGUCGACCGAGAGCUCCAAGAGUUCGCACGACAUGUCACCAUCCCGGCCCAGGCAUUCAGCUACGCGUACAGCUCGGGCGGGGGUCCCGAACUACCCGCGGCCAUGGCCCGGCAUCUGAACGAAUACUUCUCCCCUUUCAAGCCGCUAGACGGCUCCGAGAUCAGCAUCUCAGGCACGGCCACUGCCAUGCACGAGAUAAUUGGAUGGGCGGUCGGUGAGCCGGGGGACUGUAUACUCACCUCCCGCCCGGUCUAUGGACGAUUCGAGCUCGACUUUGGGAACAAAGCCGAGCUGAAUGUGGGUUACGCCGAUACGGAUCCCGACUCGAGUUUCGACAGCAGUGUCGUGCAGAAGUUUGAAGAGGCACUGGCGGGCGCGUCGAAGGCGGGCCGUGUCAUUCGGGCGUUACUCAUAGUGAACCCGAACAACCCCCUCGGUCGCUGCUAUCCCCGUGAUACUCUGGUCGCGUUGAUGAAGUUCUGCCAGAAGCAUAGCAUCCACUUCAUCAGCGACGAGGUGUACGGGUGCUCUGUAUACAACUCGUCGCACCCGACGUUGCCCCCUUUCACGUCCGCUCUCUCCAUCGAUCCUGCGGGGAUAAUAGACACUGAUCUGUUACACGUCACGUACGGUCUCAGCAAAGACUUCGGCGCCGCCGGGCUGCGCGUUGGCGCCCUCGUGACUCGCAGCCAGGCGAUGCACCGCGCGGUCAAGAGCGUCACGCGCUUCCACAACGUGUCGGGGCCCUCGGUCGCGAUCGCCGCGGCCAUGCUGAACGACCGCGCGUGGUGCCGUGGCUUCAUCGACAAGGCAAGGACCAGGAUGGCCGCGGCAUACAAGCACGUCACCGAAGCAUUGGAUGCUAUGGAAAUUAAGUACGUGUCCGCUAACGCUGGUUUCUUCGUCUACGUCGACCUGUCUCCGUACCUCAAGAAAGGGUCCAGUCCGGGUCAGGAAGACCCGGAUUUUGCUAUUGCCCGGAAACUGAUGGAUGCGGGUGUGUUCCUGCAUCCUCUCGAGGAACACGGUCCCUCGGGUUGGUUCCGGGUGGUCUUCACCCAAGACCCGCGCACGGUGACGGAAGGAUUGAGAAGGUUGAAGGCGGUAGUGAGACCUUGUUGA